AAGCAAGAUGGCAUACCCAGGGCAGCAGUAUCAGCAGCAGCAUCACAACGGUGGCUACCAGCAGCAGCAAGGAGGUUAUGGCCAACAGCAAGGCUAUGGCAACGGCUUCCCGCAGCCUCAGUACAACGUCGGCUCGGGAGGCUACGCACCACCCCAGCAGAGCUAUGGCGGUCCACCGCCUCAGCAAUAUGGCCAGCAAGGGGGCGGACAGUAUCCCACCGCUCCGCCGCAGUAUGCACACAUGCCAAUGCAUCAAGCUCCUCAAAAUCAACCUGGUCCUCAGCAAGGUCGACCCUACUUUCAGUAUUCCAAUUGUAGUGGAAAGCGCAAGGGACUGCUCAUAGGCAUCAACUACACUGGCAGUUCCAAUGCGCUCAGAGGCUGCCACAACGAUGCUCGCAACCUGCAUCAGUUCCUCGUGUCCCGCUAUAACUUCAAUCCUGAUGACAUGGUCCUCAUGCUCGACGAUCCAUCAAUGCCCUAUCAAGCUCAGCCGACGCGACAAAACAUCAUCCGCGCUAUGCAGUGGCUUGUCAAAGAUGCCCAGCCAAACGACUCUCUAUUUUUCCACUACAGCGGGCACGGUGGCCAGACUGAGGAUCUCGACGGCGAUGAGGACGACGGCUAUGACGAGGUUAUCUAUCCGGUCGACUUCAAGCAGACUAGCCAUAUCGUCGACGACGACAUGCAUAUGAUAAUGGUCCGCCCGCUGCCGCCCGGCUGUCGUCUCACCGCCAUCUUCGACUCGUGUCACUCGGCCAGUGCGCUAGAUCUGCCCUACAUCUACUCUACACAAGGCAAGAUCAAGGAGCCGAAUCUCUUGGCCGACGCCGGGCAAGGCGCAAUGUCGGCCGUGGGGAGCUACAUGCGAGGUGAUAUGAUCGGCGCAGUAACAUCCAUUGUCGGAUUCGGCAAGCGGGCUAUGAAGGGCAACUCGGCAGAAGAGCUCACCCGCAAGACCCGCACCGCUCCUUGCGAUGCUAUUUCCUGGUCAGGCUGCAAGGAUUCCCAAACAAGCGCAGACGCGUCAGUCGCUGGCAACGCUACAGGAGCUAUGAGCUACGCCUUCGUUGCUGCGCUCAGCAAGUAUCCCCAGCAGACCUAUCUGCAGCUUCUCAAUUCGAUUAGAGACGAGCUUCGCGGCAAAUACGAACAAAAACCUCAAUUGAGCUCUUCGCACGAGAUGGACGUCAAUCUCAUGUUCAUCAUCUGAUCUCCCACCCAUCAUCUCAUAUCUCUGCCUAGACAUGCUUGUACUCGAUCUGACUUUGCCCGC